AUGGAGAUCGACCGCCUCACGGAGCAGGGCGUCGCCACGGCGGACAUCGCCAAGUUGCGGCAGGCAGGCAUCUUCACCGUCACCGGCAUCCACAUGCAGUGCCGGAAGGAUCUGGCGCUCAUCAAGGGUCUCUCCGAUGCGAAGGUGGAGAAGAUCAUCGAGGCGGCGCGCAAGCUCUCCGAAUGCGGCUUCAUGGACGGCUCCAGCUACCUCCAGCAGCGGGUGAAGGUGAUGCGCGUGACAACGGGGAGCACCGCGCUGGACCAGCUGCUGGGCGGUGGCAUUGAGAGCAUGUCCAUCACCGAGGCCUUCGGGGAGUUCCGCACGGGAAAGACACAGAUUGCGCACACACUCUGUGUGACAUGCCAGCUGCCGUCCUCCAUGGGCGGUGGCAACGGGAAGGCGGUGUACGUUGACACAGAGGCAACAUUCCGGCCGGAGCGCAUCAAGCCCAUUGCAGAACGUUUCGGUCUUGACGUGAGCGCAGUACUCAGCAACAUUCUCGUCGCGCGGGCGUACACGCACGAGCAUCAAAUGCACCUGCUGUCGAUGGUGGCGGCCAAAAUGGCGGAGGACCAGUUUAGCCUCCUUGUUGUGGACAGUAUCACAGCCCUCUUCCGUGUCGACUUUUCCGGACGAGGGGAGCUAGCGGAGCGGCAGCAGAAGCUUGCAAAGAUGAUGAGCCACCUUAUAAAGCUAGCCGAAGAAUUCAACGUGGCGGUAUACAUCACAAACCAGGUUGUGGCAGACCCAGGUGGGGCGUCGAUGUUCGUCGCCGAUCCAAAGAAACCGGUUGGCGGACACAUUCUCGCGCACGCCUCCACGACGCGUCUGUCGCUGCGCAAAGGCCGCGGUGAUCAGCGGGUGUGCAAGAUUUACGACAGCCCCUCGCUUCCGGAGGUAGAGUGUGUCUUCAGCAUCUCAGAGCAAGGCAUCAUAGACGCACGUGAGUAG